AUGACAGCUAAGGAUUAUGUGAAUGCUUAUUGUCCUUCAGAAGUUUUAAGGACUAUGCCGUUUAUGAUCGAAUUCGGUUUGUGGCGAGGUUGGCAUCAAACGCUAAUUUACACACCCGAGAUUGAGAAAGAUUGUAACUGGGCAGUGUCACGACUCAUCAAAUGCUUUAGCGUAAACGGAAUAGCUACAGCCAAAGAACCUACAAUUAAACCUACGUUCGUUUCAAAAUUGGCUAUUAUUAUACUGAUGCCGGGUAAGAAACAGAAUGUUUCAUUGGAAUUGGCUAAUGUUAUCAAGAAGCUUCAAGAGUUUCAAAUGGAUAGGUUAUCUACUGAUUGGCUAAUUACAGCGAGGUCUUUUUUAGACUAUAAGUAUAUUAAUAGCAUUUUAAACUCAACUUCUAUUAGAUUUGACCAGACUAUAAUUGUUUCUUACCCUCAUGGAAUUGAUAAAACCGGUGCAAAUGUUUGUUCCGAAAAUUUUAGAUACAACAAAAAAUACGAAGCAGAGAAACGAUUUGAUAAGAUUCCAUAUAAGAGGCGUUUUUACUCAGAAUGUCAAAACAGUAAAUCGGAAUUCGAAAGAAGCUAUUAUAAGUCAACAUUGCGAUUCAAGAAUUUAAUCAGAGACAAAAGUUACAACAGGGAUUCUAGCCCGAUGCCUUUGAAUAAAUCAGGAUUAAAAUUUAACUUUUCAAGGAAUUUUGAUAUGAUUAACAUAAGUCAGUUUUCGUUAAAGAGGCAUUUCCAAGAAUGGAAAGAAAUAAACAACUAUAGAACUAACGUCACAGGAAAUGUUCUUGUGACACAGUAUUUCAAAGUACGUUUAAAUUCAACAUUAUACGUCUCCUUUCUUGGUUCCUGGAAUCCUGAAAAUUCAAUGUCGUAUGUGGAAGUCCCGUACCCAGUGGAAGCACGCAAUUUUUUAGGCGAAAACUUAAUAGUUGGUAGAUGUAAUACAAGUGGGGAUGGCACACAGUCGUUAGACGACGAUCGACAAUCAGCUACAGCUUUGUUGGAUGAUUUACUUUACUUUUUAGCUGUGCGUUUGAACUCUACAACUGUUUCAAGACACUUCAAUAAGCUCGGUUUUCGAAACUACGAGGGAACAUGGUCUGGAUUGCUUGGGGCGCUUUUGGAAAAUUCAGUAGACAUGGCUCUGGAACCAGUGACGGCGCGUUCUGGUCGUCAACAAGAUAUGGACUUCGUUUUCCCAAUUGCUGAGACAAUGUGUAACAUCUACAUACGUCAUCAGGAGACAUCAACGGUUCGAGAUAUAUUCUUAGCGCCGUUCAGUGCUCGUCUCUUAGCCUGCGUACUAGCGGUAGCUUUCAUAGCAUCACUCGCGGUUGUAACUAUCAGCCGAGUAACGCCGCAAUGCGUUAGUACUCGGAGAAUUGGCUAUAUCGAGGCCUUGGUUUGGUCUACGGGGAUACUCUGCCAACAAGGCGGUUCGUGGACUCCUCAGAGCCCAGCGGCCAGUAUAAUCCUCAUCGUUUGUUUAUUUUUUGCUGUAAUCACAUAUAAUGCUUACGCAGCAUUUAUAACUUCUGUACUGUCAGUGCGAGUCGCCAGUGUUGAUACUGUGGCUGCUGUUUUACAAUCUCCUACUAUUAAAAUCGGAUAUAUAAGGAACGGAGCUGAUCAAAUGUAUCUCAUGUCUACGAAAGAUACGCAGUUAAAUGCAUUCUAUAUUCGUGGUUACUCUGACUCUGAAAAUUUGGUGUCAUCAGCAGCGGAAGGUCUCGCUCGUGCGGCCAGUCAGGAUUAUGCAUUUUUUGCUGAACAAAGAGCAGCGAGGUCUACACUAAGAUCACUGAGCCAAGCCCGCGGUCGUUGCGCCAUCCGUGAGCUGCCAGUCUACACAACCAGAGCUAGUCUCGCGUUCCCUUUACCCCAAUAUUCGCCUUAUGCUAGACUGACUUUAGUAAGUCUUCUUCAGCUUCGUAGCGGAGGAAUCUUGGCUCGGUUAGAAGCUGCAUUAGUUCCUGAAAUGCCACAGUGUACGUUGCCAGCAGGAUUUGCUUCAGCUCGUGCCAUUGAUGUGCGAUCAGCUCUAAUUUUACUGGCAUGUGGACUUGUUACAGCAGCGUUUAUGGGUGUAGCAGAAUACUCUUGGAAGAAUCGACAACAGCAAAUAAAGUUACUGCAUAAAUGGUACAAGAGAUUUUUAAAUUUCUUUUUCAGUUCCAAUAAUUGACCGUUUUGUCUAAAGAAUCUAAUACUAGACACAGUAUAUAAUAAUUUUAAUAUAAAUGUAGAGAUCUCAUGCGAUAAAAUGUAGUAAAAUUAGGUCACAGUCACAAUGGUAAAAUAUACUUUGUUUGGUAUGA